AUACACUUUGAGUAAUAAUAUGUAGAAAUAAAGAUGAACUAAAAUUGUAGAGAGAAAAAAUAAUUGUACCCAAAAUGUGCAAAGAAUUUCUGAGCAUUGAAAUAUUAUCGUAUUUUCUAAGAAAAAAAUAUAUAGCUUUUCAUUCAUUAACCAGUAGUCUAAUAUUUUCCAGGAACUCAUCAUUUAGAAGGAAUCCUAUGGCCCUUCCCUUUGCCUACAGAAACUGGAAUACAAGAGAUUGCACAAUUGAAGAAGUUCUGACCUAGAAUGAGAGACGAAUGGGAGACAUUCAAGCCUAAGUAGGUUCCAGCUGAAGGAAAAUAACCAACAACUUCACCACAGUGUAGACUGAAACGGGGGAAAAGAUGAACAUCACUAACUGUACCCCAGAAGCGAGUGCAGCUGUGAGACCUAAGACUAUCACUGAGAAAAUGCUCAUUUCUGUGACUCUGGUGAUCAUCACCACCUUGACAAUGUUGCUGAACUUGGCGGUGAUCAUGGCCAUCUGCACCACCAAGAAGCUCCAUCAGCCCGCAAACUACCUGAUCUGUUCUCUGGCUGUGACAGACCUCCUGGUGGCAGUACUUGUCAUGCCUCUGAGCAUCAUGUACAUUGUCAUGGACAGCUGGAAACUUGGGUACUUCAUCUGUGAGGUGUGGCUGAGCAUGGACAUGACCUGCUGUACCUGCUCCAUCCUCCAUCUCUGUGUCAUUGCCCUGGACAGGUACUGGGCCAUCACCAAUGCUAUUGAAUAUGCCAGGAAGAGGACUGCCAAGAGGGCUGGAUUGAUGAUCCUCACUGUCUGGACCAUCUCUGUCUUCAUCUCCAUGCCCCCUCUGUUUUGGAGGAGUCACCGCCUACUCAGCCCACCUCCCAGUCAGUGCGCCAUCCAGCACGACCAUGUCAUCUACACCAUUUAUUCCACACUUGGGGCAUUUUAUAUCCCCUUGAUAUUGAUACUGAUUCUCUAUUACCGGAUUUACCAUGCAGCCAAGAGCCUGUACCAGAAAAGGGGAUCGAGCCGGCACUUAAGCAACAGAAGCACAGAUAGCCAAAAUUCUUUUGCAAGUUGUAAACUGACCCAGACUUUCUGUGUAUCUGACUUCUCCACCUCAGACCCUACCACGGAAUUUGAAAAAGUCCACACCUCCAUCAGGAUUCCUCCCUUCGACAAUGAUCUAGAUCACCCAGGAGAACGCCAGCAAAUCUCUAGUACCAGGGAGCGUAAAGCAGCACGCAUCCUGGGCCUGAUUUUGGGUGCAUUCAUUUUGUCUUGGCUGCCAUUUUUCAUCAAAGAAUUGAUUGUAGGUCUGAGCAUUUACACUGUGUCCUCUGAAGUGGCUGACUUUUUGACAUGGCUUGGUUAUGUUAAUUCUCUGAUCAACCCUCUGCUCUACACAAGUUUUAAUGAAGACUUUAAGCUGGCUUUUAAAAAGCUCAUUAGGUGCCGAGAACACACCUAGAUGUAGAAAGCCAAAAGGCAUGACUUUUACCAGCCUCUUGAAUGGACAAGGGUAAGGGGUGCAACUUAUCAAUUCUUGAACAUAGUUGGUUCGGGAGAGUUUGUAAGUAAGUGUGGUCUUGAUGUUUGUUUGUUUGUUUUGUUCUGUUUUGUUUGAGGCUUGUUAUUUAGUGUCCUGUUUUCUACCUCUGGUCUUAUUUGUGGUAUGUAAUUUUAAAUAAACUUUGUAACACAAACACAGAAAUUUCAUAGGAGUAAUAAUAAGGUGAAAUAGUACUUUUUAUGUUUUACAGCUAUUUCAGUUAAUCCUGUGAUCAAGGAAUGCCAAAAAAAAAAAAAUCUUCAUUUAUUUGCAGAAUUUCUUAUUACUUAUAAAUGAAAUAUCUGAUAACUUGCCCUCACGUGGCAUUACAUUUGAGGUUAUGGCUCCAUAUGCAUUCAAAUCCUGGUGAGAAUUGCAUGACUACACAAAAAAUAAAGAGAAAGUUAUUUCCUGUCAUUAACUGCUUGCAGACCUGAGCUAAAGUCAUUUACUGGAGUGCUGUGACUAUGUACCCCAUUCCUUGCAGACAUAAAUAGUAAAGCCAACAGGUCCUUUUUAGUCCAUGAUUAUAUUAACACCCUCAUUUUCCAAAAAAUACCUGGAGUGAAUGCAUUGGCACUUUCCUUUUUUACUAUGAAUAUGAAACAUUAGCAAGUAAGACAUAACUUAAAUUUACAUUGGUCAUUGUGUUGCUAUACAACCUGACAGACAGGAUGGCCCUCCUCCCAUUCUAGAAGUGUCCUAGGCAAGUCUCACACAUACUUUCUCAGUCUAACAGGAUUAAGAUGGGAGCACAUGUUAAAUUUGGGGAACUUUUUAAGAAGCUUAAUGGGUACAGUGAUUAAAUGAUGGGAUAUAUUAUCUGAAGAACUUCAUUGAAAAAGUUACAGUUGUACACAUGGAAAGAAAGAAAGAGUUGAAAACUAUGUUUACAGCAAAAGCCAACCAUUGGGAAAUGAGUACCUGGGGCCAGGAGGCUGCAGGUGGGACCUGAUGCCACGCAGUAUGUGGCCUGACUCAGCCACACCUGACCUGAGGUGACUGCUCUAGUCAUGUGAAGGAGCUCACACUACAAAGUCAAGCAUGAUG